AUGCGAGUACAUGUACACACGAAAUUCUGCUUCCUGUGCGUUAUCACCUUCAUCUUUCAUCACUGCAACCAUUGCCACGUGGAAGGGCAUGACCACGCCAGCGACUUACAUCAGCACAGCGACCUACAGAUUUCUGAGGCUCCGUAUGUUCGUUCCACCACCGUAUCCCCGGACUCAAACAGUCCUGAAGGGCCACCUCUAGAGGAAGAACAGCGUUACUACAUCCAACAGCUGUUUAGGCGCUAUGGGCAGAAGGAUCGCUUGGAUUUCCAGGGUUUUGAGAGUCUCCUCCAUAGCCUGGGUUUAGGAUCAGUUAAAUUGGUUGCCGUGGAUCAUGAGGAUAUCGGUCAUGACCACGUGGCACACCUCGACCUGCUGGAUGUGCAAAAUGGGCUACACUCACAUACAUCCUCCAGUAAAGUCCACAGUCACGAUCAUUCGGGCCAUAAGCACCAUCACCCACACGUAGAACAGGUUCCCACGCGCUGCAGCCCCACUACUGCUACUGGGGGGCCAACAAAUCAUGACCAUAAACACGGUGAUGAUGAUCAUGAUACCCAUGACCACAACCAUAAUCACACACAUGAUGAAGACCAUCAACACCAGCACACAGAGGUCCAGCCUGACCACAAAGACCCGUCUUCUACUCCCCAUCAGAGCCCCACAAACCACAGCAGCGACCAUCACAGUCAUAAAGAGCAUAGAGAUGAGCCAGCACUGCCAAGUGUAACGCCGACGGAAAAUCCUGCAAGGACCAGGAAGCCGGGAAAGGUCAGAGGUCAGGGCAGGUCAAACAAGUUCCCUUCAACUGAAGCGCCUCCAACUGAUGAUCAUGACCACAGUGGCGCUCACAAAGACAAGAGAGAGGCUCCAGGGUUGGCUGCCUCAUCGGGGCUCAUAGCACAUGCAGGACACUCGCACCAGCAUGAGGAGUGCUUGAACCUGACUCAGCUCCUCACCUACUAUGGCCUGCAGCCUGACUCCGUCAUCUCCAAGAGUGAGUUCACCUACCUGUGUCCCGCCCUCCUCUACCAGAUAGACAGUCGCGUCUGUAUCCGCCAUUACCAUCAGGUGGACGUUGAGCAGGAGGCCCUGGAGACUGUCAGUUCUGUCUGGGUCUGGCUCUGGGGCUUCGUCUCCAUCACCAUCAUCAGCCUGCUCUCUCUUCUCGGGGUGAUUCUGGUUCCCAUCCUCAAACAGUCCUGCUUCAAGUUCCUGCUCACCUUCCUGGUGGCGCUGGCCGUGGGCACGCUCAGCGGAGACGCUCUACUUCACCUGCUGCCUCAC